AUGUCUAAGAUGCUGUCUUCCCUGGUCUUCAACAACCUGGCCCACAAUAGGAAGAGCCUACAGACCAUGAACAAGAGUCUGUCUUCCAUCAUUGAGGACCAUCCCGAGAAGCCGACCAAGAAGGACAAAGAGCCUGCCAAAGUUUCCAAUCUCUCGGCCAAUCCUUUCCACAUGUCUGGGGACGUGGACUUCUUCCUGUUCAGGGACCAGGAGCUCAAUAAGGCGAUUUUGGAGCGGGAGCAGAGGAAGGCCAUGCAGGUCCACCAGAAGACGACCGUCUCCUCCAAGGUGUCCACCAAGCAGAGCCACCUGCGUCGCGAGCUGCAGCUGGAGGAGGAGGCGGAGGACAGGGAGCUACAGGCGGAGGAGGAGCAGAUGCAAGCCUUCCAGCAAGAAACGGCCUGGAAACUGGCCAUGACCAGAGAGAAGAAAAUGGAGCCCGACACCCUGAGCAGCUACAUCGACCAGAAGCGGAAGAUGUUCCUGAUCCAGUACGCCGUGGAGAUGAAGCGCAGUGAGAUCAGGAGGCUGGAGUCCCUGGCCUCCGAGGAGGAGGCCCGGCUGAAGGAGGCCCAGAAGUCCCUGGAGAUGGACUCGAUGCUCUUUGACGAGUUCCUCAGAGACAAUGAUGCCAACUCCGUCCAGGCCAUGAGACUGGCUGAGAAGGAAACCAAAGCCAAGAUGGAUAAGAUCGCGGAGAUCCGGGAGCUCACCAUCCAGAUCAUGCACGUCAAGAGCGAGAUCGCCAAGUUCGAGGACACCCUGCAGCAGUACAAGAUGUACAAGGACUUCCUGUACAAGGUGUCACCCAAGGAGUGGCUGGAGGGACAGGAGAGGCGGCGGUUGGCCCUCAGGAAGGCCAAGGAGAUGGCCCAGGCCCCCGCGAAGGGCGGUGGGAUCCCCGCACCAGGGGACAAAGGACCCGGGGUCAAGAGCAAGAUGGCCCCUUUGUUGGGCAGAGAGCCUCACAUUGUGAAGAAGCCCCUGAAGCUUCUGCAGGCCCCACGGGGUGGACAGGCCCUGUCUAGUAGCAGCAGCAGCCUCCAGCCCUUGCCGCCCAAUCAGCCAGACCCUGCGAGGCCCAGCUCUGACCCCAUGCCGGAGGACUCGGACAGCGAUGAGGAGGAACAGGUGCUGUUCUUCACGGAGCCGCAGCAGCUGCUGGACAUCUUCAAGGACCUGGAGGAGCAGAACCUGUCUCUGAUCCAGAACACCCAGGAGAUGGAGGAGACGCUGGAGGAGCUGAACCUCACCCUGAAGAGCACGCAUGUGCGCAUGGACAGGGAGGUUCAGCAGCUGAAGCAGUGGGUGACCACGAUGACCAUGUCCAUUGCCAAGGAAGAAGAGAUGGCUUCUGAGCUGGAACUCAAGGCCCGCGUCUUCCACUUCGGGGAGUACAUGGGCGACCAGCAGGACAAGCUGCUGGAGAGCCUGGACCACAAGGUGCUGGACGUGUACAGGCGCUGCGUGGGCGGCCCGCAGGAGGCGAACCUGGGCACCGUGCAGAUGCUCACCACCAUCGAGCACCAGCUGGAGGAGCUGCUGGAGAGCCUGGAGCGCGUGCCGGCCUCCUGGGUGGAGCAGAUCGAAAAGGCCCAGGAGAAGGAGCGCCACCGGAGGCUCCGGGAGGAGAAGGCCAUGAUGCAGAGGAUGCUGCAGGAGGAGCGUCUGCAGCGGGCUCGGGCCCGGGCCCAGGCGGCGGUCAAGAGGAAGCGGGGCCGCAAGCUGGUGUGCCGGUCGCGGCCCCCGGUCCCCAGGGUGAAGGAGGAGCCCGAGCACCCGGUGGUGGACAAGGAGAAGGAGGAGCUGCUCUUCUUCUUCACCUAGCGGAGCGGGAGGUCGCAGCGACCAGGGGGCCAGGCGCGGGGUCCGCGGGCCGGGCUCUGUGGCUCCUGGUCGCACCAAU